AAGAAUAGAAAGAUUCAAUUUUUUAAACGCAAUGGCUCCUUUUCGAGGUCGCGGCGGCAGAGGCAGAGGCGGGCGCGGUGGACGUGGAUCAAAUCGUGGAGGUCGAAGUCGAGGCAACUUCCAUGGGCAAUCCAAUGGUGGCGACAGACUCGCAAGAAGCGGCAUUCGAACAAGAAAUGGUUACAAGAAAUUCGACAGUCAACGAACCCGAGACCUUCCGGCCACUGAAGAUGAAAUUUCUCAGGACGAUGAUAGUGCUACCGACGAUGAUGAAGAUGAGAUCGACCAAUCAGACAUCAGCGAAGAUGACGAGGAAGUGAAACCUGCUGUUCGUGCAUAUAACGUAUUACUACAGUCAUUUCAUGGCGACGACGAGAUCGACAGCCGGAAGUCAAAGCGGCGGAAAAUUGAAUUCCAUGAGAAACCAGACACACUGCCAGAGGAAAUUUUAGUAAAUCAAGUUGACGAGGAAGGCGAAGAUGAUCGCGUCUUUGCUGAACCCGAAGGCGAUGAUGACGUGGAAGAAAUUGAUCAUGAAUCGACUGUCGAUGAGGAAAGUCAAAAUGACCCCUACGAAUUUCAUUUCAGUGCUGCUGGCGGUGAUGGAUUAGCUGCGCGUAUUGAUUUGGUCAAAUCCGGACAAUGGACGACACGAAAAUCAGCAAUUGGUUCGAACAUAAGUAGGCAUCAUGCUUUUGUGGAACGCAGUGACCACAGCGCAGAGAAGGCGACUUUCAAGUCUAUCAAAGACUUUUCUUUAAAGGAGAGACUUGUACUGCCUGCCAUGAAGCAUAUCCCGACCCUCAGCGAUUUCGAGCGCAGAAUUGCAACAGAUCUGCUCAACUAUACCGACGCACUCGUGAGCACUCGAACAGUCAAUAAUGCAGAGAGCUUACGCAAACUGUCAUGUCUGCACGCAGUGAAUCACGUCCUCAAAGGUCGCGAUAGAGUUCUCAAGAACAAUGACAAAAUCAGCCAUCUCGAGGAGUCAGUGCAGCAUGAGUUCCGCGAUCAAGGAUUUGUCCGCCCUAAAGUACUCAUCUUAUGUGAGACAAGACAAACUGCUGCAAGAUUCGCCGAUUGUGUCACGAGAUCAUUUGAGCCUGACCAGAAAGAGAACAAAUCUCGAUUUGAUGAUUCUUUCACUGCUCCCAUCGAUGAAGAAACGACACACAUGCCGGAGGAUUAUCGCGAAGUAUUCGACGGGAACAACGACAACAAUUUCCUCACCGCGAUCAAGUUCACAAGAAAGAGCAUGAAGUUUUACUCGGCAUUUUACAGCAGUGAUAUCAUUCUCGCAUCUCCACUCGGCUUACGGCGCAUAAUCGAGAAUGAAGAUAUCAAAAAACGGGAUUACGACUUCUUGUCUUCGAUCGAGAUCGUCAUUGUCGAUCAGGCGGAUGCGAUGCAGAUGCAAAACUGGGAGAACGUCGAGGUUGUCUUCAAACACCUGAAUUUGCAAUUGAAGGAAGCGCACGGCUGUGAUUUCAGUCGAGUCCGAAAUUGGUACCUCGAUGGGAAUGCCAAAUUCAUCCGACAAACUGUUGUCUUCGGCGCCUACUUGACCCCUGAGAUGAACAGAUUGUACAACCAAGAUAUGAACAACAUUGUCGGAAAGGCAAAGUACACUCGCAGCCAUGUCGGUGCCAUCGCAGAUCUUACCGGAUUGGGUUUCAAGCAGACAUUUUCACGAUUCGAAUGUUCAAAUCCAGCCUUAGACCCAGACGCUCGAUUCAAAUACUUCACAUCGGCCGUCCUGCCCGCUCUGCUCCGCCUGCCAAAGCCAGCAGACGGCGCACCGGGAAUUCUAGUCUUUAUCCCUUCGUACUUUGACUUUUUGCGACUGCGAAAUUACUUCGCGACCUCAGACGUGACCGAGAAUAUCAGCUUCGGGGCUAUCAACGAUUACUCUGAAGUAUCCAACCAGCGCCGCGCGAGAUCUCAUUUCCUGUCAGGAAGACAUAGCAUCUUGCUUUACACGCAGCGUGCGCAUCAUUUCUUCCGGCUCAAGAUUCGCGGUGUGAAACGCAUGGUGCUGUAUGGCUUGCCUGACAACGACAUUUUCUAUCGCGAAUUUGUGGAGGGCUUCAUCGGUACGAGUGUUAGUGAGGCGCGUGUCUCUGAGAAACAGGCUAGUAUCAGGAGUUUGUUCUCGAAAUGGGAUGGGUUGAAGUUGGAGAGGAUUGUAGGCACGGAGAGAGUGAAAAGUAUGCUGGCUGGGGCGGGGGACACUUUUGAUUUUGUCUAAUUCAUAGAUGUUUUAAAAAGGAAUGGUGAAGGGCAGAAUUAAGUCUGUAGUAUGAUUUAUCAUGAUUGUACAUUAUUGUUACAGCUCACUCGUAAGCGAGCUAAGUCGGCAUUCAUUUCAUCGUGACA